GACGUGCAGCCCGAGAUCCGGGGGACAACCGUCGCCGACGUAUAUGAAAGAUCAUCCGAGUGAUCCCUCGGGAGUGCCAACUCACCACUUACCUGCGACGCACCACCACUCACCUCCAUCCGCCACACGAACCUGUAGAAACCAUGGGCUUAUUCGGUGACCUGAUCGAAGAGGGAGUGGACAAAGUCGUGAACGACGUCGAGAACUUCCCCGACAACGCCGCCCGCUGGACGGGCGAGAAGGUGGGCGAGGUCGAGAAUAUCCCGCAGGACGUCGAGACCGACUACGACCGCGCCAAGUACGGCGUCGAGAACACCGUCGACGACGCGGUUCAGGGUGUGGAGGACAUCCCGCAGGACGUCGGGCGGGGCGUCGACGACGCGGCGAACUGGGCGGGCGAGAAGGUCGGGGAUGUCGAGCGGUUUGAUGAUGGCGUUGAGAACGCGUACGACCAGGGACGGGAUGAGACUAGGUAUGGAGGAGGCAACUAUUGAUGCGCCUGUGCUUGUAUUGCUCGCGGUUUGAAAUGACUGUAACAUGAACUGACUUCCAUUGGUCUCUGUGAUCACUCACAUAAGUCUCCUGAGGCUAGUGAUGUUAUUGAUUUAUUCAUUCUAGGGCA